CCUUGAUUUUCUACUAGUCUUCCUUUUUCUCCUCCUCCAUUUGCCCAUCCCAAAGCUCUACACUUUUUCUUCUCCCUCCACCCUCUGUUUGUCCAUUUCAAGAAUCUUAGUAGUAAACUAAACCAACUUUUCUUAUAGUAUUAGCUUAAAUCUUUGAAAGUUACCCACCUCGAAUCCAUCAUCAUCACACACACACACACAAUCUUUCUCUCUCCAAUUUCAUCAACCAAGUAAAAUGUAGAGUCUUGUGUAUGAAAAAAAAAUUGGGUCUUUCUCUGUUUCUUGAAUAGUAGCUUCCCCUGUUCAAUUCUUUCUUUUCUCCAAAACUGACAGUUUUCAGUUAGGCAAAAACUCAAACACAUUGUGUGCUGAUAAACUGGUUAGUUAUUGGUUAAUUGGUGAUGAGACAAAAACAUAGUACUUUGUUUUUACUCAAAUGGGAAGAAAUAUAAUUAAUGGUGGUGUUCAUAGUUGGAAAAUAGCGCCACCACCAAUUUCAAGUUUGGCACCAGCGGUAAGUGGUGGUGUAGAAGGAGGAGAAGAUAGUAAUCAUUGGAGAAGCUUUGACAAUUCUGUAAAUGCUGUGUCAUUUGGUUUUGUUGCAACUGCUAUUCUUAUUUCUAUGUUCUUAGUUAUGGCUAUUUUUGAGAGGUUUCUCCGGCGAAGAUCUUCCACCGCCGGUGGCCGGAAUAGUACUGAUCUUGUUGCUCAAAUGAGGGUUCAAAGGAAACUUGAUUACCCAUCUCCCGAGAUGACUUUUUACGCGAACGGAGUCUCAGUACUGAUGCCUGGAGAAGAAGUUCCUACCUUCAUAGCGCAUCCCGCACCUCCACCUUGUCCUCCAGAGUGUAUUCCUCAACCCCUUCAUCAAGACGACGCGUCUUUAAGUCCAGCCUCAACUUCUAUUGGCCAUAGCCCCAAUUGACAAUACAGAUAUGAAACUGAAAUUUAUGGAUAUCAGUAUCCUGAACCUGUAAAAGUAGAUAUUGGUAGAAAUGUCCACUCAUAGUGAGAUGAAAACUUAAGGGCCUUUUUUCCCCUUGAGGAACUUGUCAUUAUAUUUACAUAGUGUAAUGUGAUUUGCCUACUGGCUUUCUUCACUACACCAGGGUAUGUUCCAACUCCAGCCCUUGUUUAGAUGGGGCUUGGAAGUACCAAAAUGAAGAAUCA